GUUAGACUUGAUCUGUUAAUGACCAUAUUUCGGAGUGUGGUGAUGGAUAUUCAAGCCUAUGCUGCCGUCUUUCUCUGGAGCAACCUGUUGGCUUCUCUGUCAUGGGCACAAUAUUUGGAAGAUAAAAAUGGCUCUCAGAUAAAAUACACAAUAAUAAAUUUGAAUAACAAGCAUAUGGAGGUCUCAUGGGAAGCUAGGAAGAAUUUUCCUGACAUGAACGUGACAAUGCGUUACAAAUUUGAUAAAAGUGGAUUUGAGCAGUGCCCCCAAUAUAUACUUGACCGAGGAUACAACACUGGAUGUUUCUUUGAGACCAGAGGGGAAGUUCUUCAUGUUUCCAUCCGGGAUACAACCGGGGGGAAAGAGCUUUACUUUGAUGAACAAACCAGCUUGGAUUUCUUCAAGCCCAACCCACCUGAAAAUGUAACCUUCCAAUGGAAAGAUAACAAAGUAACUACACGAUGGUGCAACCCACUGAAAUUUUACUCUUCCCAUUGUUUGAACUUUGGACUUCAGUACAAAAGCACAUUUGACAAUGAAUGGCAGUCCAGGAACAAAGCAUGUUGGGACAACAGAGACCAAGAAAAAUCAUGUUGCCUGAUUAGAGACCGAGGGUUUGAUCCAGUGAAGUGCUAUUCGUUUCGAUUCAGACUGAAUGCUGAUGAAUGCAAUCUUGUUCCUUAUUCCAGUGAAUGGGGAGAAGAAACAUUUUGGGAAAAUGGCACUCGCAUGGAUUCCUGUGCUAAGGAUGUAUCAGAACUUGAGUCCAACAUUGUAAGCAUUUUAGCUUCAGUUUUGGCUGCCUUCCUGGUAAUAUUUGUCAUUCUGGUGGGUGUUUGCAGGUUGGAAAGAAUCAGGAAGACUAUAAUGCCUGAUAUACCAGAUCCAAAACACAUUUAUUCUGAUUUGUUCAGUGAUCACAAUGGGAACUUCCAGGCUUGGAUUAGCAAAACUGAAAAUGUGUUGGCUGAAACAAAGGUGGAAUACAUGGAAGAAGAAUGCAUCGUACAAGAUGAACAAGUGGAGGGCAUCUGGGGACCCAAAGUGGAAGACAGAGUGCUAUGAAUCAAGAAGAAACCAGUUGUCUGAAGGGAUUCAGUGCAUGACAGACUCCACAAUCAACAUUCAUUGGAAGACCACAGCCUGAAGCAACAAGAAAUCAUUUCUGUGACUGCAAUCAUUUUGCUCAAUCUUAAUCAUAAUGUUUAAUCUCUUUCCUCUUCCUACCCUGUCUCCCACUGGGUACAUAUUCAUAUUGUGCCACUUCUAUAUUAUGUGCAGUUCCUAGAAGACAUCAUUGAGCCUGUUCACAUGGGCAACCCAUAGGCUUGGGCAGUCCUACCUGGGUAGGGCUGCUUGUGUGAAGCACUCAUAUUGAGGCUGAUCCUGGCGCUGCCUUCCCAGCUAGCCCGGCAUUUUUACCCACCCUGGACACAAGCAUGUCCUUUUACCCAGGUCUGGGGUCAUGUGUAUGCUUGAGCUACACACAGCCUGAACAGACAAUUGAAGGGAAAUCCCUCAUUGCACCACACUCCUCACACUGUGCAUUUAGGGAUACUUGGAAGCUAAGCUUCAUUUUCCUGACCUUCAGAGCAGCUUUUGUGUGGUGGGUGCACAAGCUGCUCACCCCACAAAGGACAAUUGAUUGUCUGGGGAAAGGAGAGUUCAACCCUGCUUCCCCCACCACCCGCUCUCCAGUGUUCCCUCUAACAGGGAUUCCCGGAUGUUGUUGACUACAACUCCUAGAAUCCCCAAGCAAAAGCCAUUGCAGCUGGGAAUUCUGGGAGUUGUAGUCAACAACAUCUAGGAAUCCCUGUUAUAGGGAACACUGCCACCCUCCCCUCCCCAGUAACAGUUGUGAGAACCACCUUAGUGAAUGUUAACUAUGCACAAAAUGGCAUUAGUAAUCAUAGUUGCAGUAGUGAUGCAUUCUAUCUAAGUAACCAUUCAGUUAAAAUAUUCUACAGGACCUUGAAUGAUACUCCUGCAUAUCUGUAAUGCAAACGGUACAAUGAAACAGACAGUCAAGAAAGCUUACUGUCAAGUAGUUUUGCUGUGGGCAGCAGUCACUAGGGAGUGCAAGUUCAAAGCCAGGAUUAGAGAGGCAAAAACACAUGGAGAGUCAAAAGCCUGAUAGAUGAUCAGGAGCCAGCAGAUCUAGACAGGAGCUGAGACUCAGGACUAAGCCAGGAGUCAAGCCAUAUCCACAGUCAGGAGCCAAAAGGUCAAGCAAGUAAUCAGGAGUCAAGGAGAAGCCAGAGGUCAUGCCAAACAGACAGGAAAAGCAACUGGACAAACACAUCAGACCAAGGGAAUCUUGAUACUGAGUCAAGGUCAGCUUCAGAUGGGAAGCUUCUUAGAAUCUUCCUGUCCACAGGGGAGCCAAUAACAGAUCUCACAGGGCAAAACUAGCACAGGGCUUGGAAACUCAAAACUGUUUUGUCUGAACCAGCUCCCAAAGACAGUGUAUUAAAUUAUCUUUGUGUUAGUACAUGCCUAGGCUGCAUCAGAUCAGGAGGAGAGUGAAGACUGCCCUUGGGCUUUGGGUUAAUGAGCUGCCCCUGCUCUUUUAAAAUGUUUAUAUACAUUUUGUUAUGUUUUAAUGGCUUUUAUUGAGUUUUAUUGUUUCAUCUGGUUUUUAUAUUUUAUUGAUUUUUUUUUUGUUUUAUCUUGUUGUUAACCACCUUGGGUUCUUAGGAUGAAGGGCAGUAUAUAAAUAUAAAUGUAAAUAAAUAUGAAUUAAUAAAUUAAAUUAUACUGAA